AUGUACUCUGGUUUCAGUGUUAUAACUUGUUUGGCAUUUCUCCAGAGCCUUCUCAAACUGGAACUAUUUGCCCUUGCUUGUACUGAAAACUUUGAAUGUGAUCAAAAAAACUCGUCGGCAGGGAUCAUUUGUUGUUCAAGUGCUUGCAAACCAUGGUGGAAUUGUCCCGAUGCUUGCAUCUCGGACGAUACUUGCAAUGGUGGAAAGAUUUGUUAUCGUAAUCGCUGUGAGAAUCCGGAUAUCAGUUUUCCAGCGUUUUGUAGCUAUAAUACAGACUGUCCUGAAGAUGAAGAAUGCGAAUCUGGUCAAUGCAAGCCAGCACCGCGACCUGUUACUCCUGAAAAUUCAGAGAAUGUUCAAGUAAGCUUUCAUUUUGAUCAACGCAUAUUCGUCAUAGUUGGAGCCGUUUUCGGUGUCUUGAUCUUUGUUGUCGCUGUUAGUUAUGGUUCGUAUCGCUGUUACAAAAAACGUAGGAGACAAAGAUUUUCCCGAGGAGUUUAUUCUGCGUCUACCCAGGUGGGCCAUGGUGUAAAUUUAUUUUCACCUUCACGUAACGAAGUUGAAACGUUUGCGUUGAACAGAACCAGUCCGACAUUAAAUCCAAUUAUUGGCUUUUCUCGUCCUCAAAUACCGCCUCCUGCUUAUGAUGCAGUCACGCUAGACAGUAGUUUGGACGUGGAAUCUUCAUCACCGCCACCUUAUGAUGAUCUAGUCGGUGGAUGUGCUGCGAGAGUUUGCGACGAAGAACAGGUAAAUCUUAAGAUCUGUUCAGCAAUUCUCCGUUAG